CACUAUCCGGGUCUCCCUCGAGGGGGAGCUCUUCGCAGUCGACGCCACAAAUAACAAUAUAGUUCGGAUCACUCCGCCUCUCUCCCAGUAUAGCAGAGCAAGAUUUGGUUGCCGGGUCAUUUAAGGGAUUCUCUGGACAUGUAGAGAUGGUAAACCUGCAGAUGCUCGUUUCUAUCGUCCAAAAGGUGCCGCUAUGGAUGACAAAGGGAAUGUGUAUGUUGCUGAUAUCUCCAAUAUGGCUAUUCGAAAGAUAACUGAAUCAGGUGUGACUACUAUUGCUGGAGGAAAAUCAAAUAUAGCAGGUUAUAGAGAUGGCCCGAGUGAGGAUGCUAAGUUUUCUAAUGACUUUGAUGUGAUAUAUGUUGGAAUAACUUGUUCUCUUCUAGUCGUGGACAGGGGUAAUGCUGCUCUUCGCCAAAUUUCUCUUCAGCAAGAGGACUGCCAAUACCAGUAUACUUCAGUAUCAACAUCAGGUUACCUGAAGCUUCCCAGUGAUGUUCUUUGUAAUUCUUUUUGUACACAACAAACAUGGAACUAUAACAUAUUACAACCUUACAAUAUGGCACCAUCGGUCCAAUAUUUUCUGUUAUCUUACAUAUCUUAUAUGGUUGCAUCUACAUAUGUAGAAGACCAGGAAGAAAAAAGUUGACAACAGACAAGAGAAGUCACCAGCAGCCGAUACUUUGCUGCAGCAUCAG